AUGGGCGCAGAUAAGAAGAAGAGAAAGAGACCUCUCAUUCCAAAUGGUGAAAACAUUUGCUCUUCGACGCACAAAUACAAGAUUGUGGGCGUUCUUGGGUCAGGAGGAUUCGGUGACGUCUACAAGGUUUGCCAAUCACAAACCGGGAACUUUUACGCCUUGAAGACGGAAGAUGUCGACAUCGACUCGAGAUUGAAUCGGCUGAAGGUUCGUCGAGGCUCUAUUACAGUAAUGGGGAAGAAGUUACCUACUAAGACAAUUCACCGGAACCUCCGCAGAACGUUUACAAAUUUCCGCCGGGUCACCUGCGGAAGUUCCGUAAACGUGCUGCGGAAGGGUCACCUGCGGAAGUUCCGUAAACGUGCUGCGGAAGUCCGAAAAAAAUUUCCGAAAUGAGG